AUGUUUGUCGCAAUUGUCACUGGAAACACUUUAGUUAUUGCAGCCUUCGUGAAAAACUUUCGCCUUCAAACCAAGACGAACACUUUCAUCCUUGGUUUAGCUGUGGCGGACUUCCUAGUCGGGGUAAUCUCGAUUCCAGGCUGGCUAUACGUCUACAGUUGUCAUUACUUCGAAAUUAUACUUCAUCCAGUUGUAUAUGAUCUAUACAUAACUUAUGAUGUGUUCAUAGGCUGUGCAUCGAUCUUUCAGCUCACUUCCAUCAGCAUAGAAAGAUGUAUCGCCAUAGUCUGGCCGAUACGACAUCGUGGAAUUCGCGUGGGAGUUUUUCAUAAGAUAAUAAUAGUCGCGUGGAUCGCCUCUGCUUUCGUGGCUGGACUAUAUCCAGUUCAACUAAAGCACUGGGAAGAAGGCUACACGGCCUUUAUCUUUUCAAUCUGCUUGCCGGGCCUUUCAUCGUUCUGUUUGGAGUCUACGUCCUCAUUUACGAUAGAGCCAGGAAUUCAAGAACGCGCGUCUGCUCUGAAAUCGCGAGCGUGA